UUUUCCAAAUCAAUUUCAUCACACAAUAGACAUUCAACAAAAUGGCAAUCAUUUCAUCAAAAUUCAAGCGUCUAAUCGAUACAAAUCGUUUUGCUUUAUAUACGGUAUUUGCCGUAUUAACUGGUGUAUUUUUUGCACAAAUAAUCAAAGGCUAUCUACAUACUGGUCCAAAUGGAAAAAUUGAUCAUCAAUUAUUACGAUAUUUAUCAUUACCCGGUGUUAUCUAUAUGCGUGCAUUCAUAUUGAUUAUAGCACCAUUAUUAGUUACAUCAUUAUCGUUAAGUUUUUUACCAAUCAAAUCGGAAAAUCCAUUCGAUAAAUUACGACGAUUUAAUGAUCAAAAACAAAAACAACAACAACGACCAAAAAAAAAGAUGGAAAAAUUUGAUGCACAUAAAUUAAUUGUUGUUACAUUUAUUGUAUUUGGUGCAUUUUCAUUACUUGCAUCAAUAUUCGGUGCAUGUCUUAUGUUGACAUUCGGUUCAUUUGCAUCACCAUACAGUACUGAUAAUGAUGAUGAUACUGAUAGUGAUGAAUUUAUUUCUUCAAACAAUCAAACAAUACCAAAUGAUUUAGAUGAAAAUAUUCGUAAUCAAAAACAUUAUAUUAUUCAUAAAUAUUAUCAACAUGAUACAGUUUAUAAUAGUUUUCUAAAUAUAUUUCCUGAUAAUAUGAUUACACCAUUUUUUAUGUCAUCAUAUUCAAAAACAAAAAUUCUAUGGCCAGCAAAUCUAUCCAUAUUAUUGGAUCCAAAUUAUCAUAUUGAAACACAGAAUGAAAAAUUAAUCAAUUAUAAAGCAAAUAUGUUAUCACUUUGUAUAAUAUCACUUUGUUUAGUCACAUGUGUGGCAGUUAUGUCGGUUGAUCUUGGAUCCGAAUGGAUGAAAGUUGCAAUUGUUAGUCCAGGUGUGCCGAUGGAAAUCAUAUUGAAUACUGAUUCACAGAGAAAAACACCUUUAGUUGUUGCAUUCCGUGAUGGUGAACGUUAUAUUGGUGAUUCAGCAUUGAAUGUUGGUAUACGAUUUCCAGAGAAAACAUUUACACAUUUUAUAGAUUUAUUGGGUAAAAAUCGUAUCGAUUCGAUUGCCGUUCGUAAAUAUCUGGAAAGAUUUCCAUAUCAUAAGAUUGUUGAAAAUGAAAAAGAUCAAACAAUUGAAUUUGUGAUAAAAGAUCAAGAUCAAGAAUUACGUUUUACGCCGGAAGAAUUACUUGCAAUGAUGCUCACAAAAGCUAGACAUUAUGCUGAAGUUGCAUCGUCAUCAUCAUCACCAACUGGACAGGCCCAAAUAAUAACCGAUUGUGUAUUAACAGUUCCUCCAUAUUUUUCUCAAACCGAACGUCAAGCUCUAAGACAUGCAGCUCAAUUAGCUGGCUUAAAAGUUUUGCAAUUGAUCAAUGUCAAUUCAGCUUUUGCAUUGAAUUAUGGAAUAUUUCGACGCAAAGAUUUUAAUACAACAAAUCCGACAAAUAUAUUAUUCUAUGAUAUGGGUGCCGGCUCAACACUUGCUACUAUUUCUAGCUAUCGAUUAGUCAAAACAAAAGAACGUGGCUUUACUGAAACUGAUCCACAAUUGACAAUCAGAGGUGUUGCCUAUGAUCGUUAUCUUGGUGGUUUUGAAUUGCAAUUACGUCUUCGUGAUCAUCUAGUAAAAUUAUUCGCUGAACAAAGUAAAAAAACUGUUGAUGAAAUUCGAAAGAAUCAUCGUGCAAUGGCAAAAUUAUUGAAAGAAGCUGGUCGAUUGAAAAAAGUUCUAUCGGCUAAUCAAGAACAUAAAGCACAGGUGGAAAAUGUAAUGAAUGAUAUUGAUCUAAAAGCAAUGGUUACUCGAGAACAAUUCGAAACAUUGGCAUCGGAUUUAUUGAAUGAACGUGUGAUGAAACCUUUGGAAGAAGUUUUCAAAAAUGCCGGUAUGACAUUAGAUGAAAUUGAUUCAUUUAUUAUUAUUGGUGGUUCGACACGAGUUCCGAAAAUUCAACAACAGUUAGAAUCCUAUUGGUCACGUGAGUUAAGUAAAAAUAUUAAUGCUGAUGAAGCCGGUGCAUUAGGUGCUGCAUAUCAGGCUGCAUAUCUAUCUAAAGGUUUCAAAGUAAAAACAUUUCAUCUGAAAGAUUGGAAUCAAUAUCAGAUCAAUGUAGAUUUUGAACGUGAAAAUGAUACGGAUAAAAAAGAUAAAAAAGUUGUAUCACGUACAUUGUUUGCACGUGGCAAUACAUUCCCGCAGAAAAAAGUUAUUACAUUCAAUAAAAAUCGUAAUGAUUUUGAAUUUAAAGUUAACUAUGUAGAACCGAAUAUUCCACAGGAUAGUAAAUCAAAUAUAAUGAAAGUUUCAUUAACAAAUGUAGCUGAAAUAUUUGAUAAAUAUACAUUAAAUUCUAGUGUUGAACCGAAAGGAAUCAAAGUACAUUUCCGUAUGGAUGAAAGUGGAAUCCUAAAACUUGAAAGCAGUGAAGCUUCAUUUGAAGUUGAAUAUGAAGAGAUUAUUGAAAAAGAUAAUUAUGAACAGAUCAGUAAUCUUGUUGGUGAUGCUAUAUCGAAAUUUGGCAGCAAACUUUCAAGUCUUUUCAGUGGUAAUGAGAAUCUUUCGGCAAAUGAAACAGAAAAUGUUAAUGGUACUGAAUCAAAACCAGAACAUGAAGAAACGGUUAAAGCAAAUACAACAAAUGAUUUUGGAUCAGAGGAAAAAAUUUUGAACACUACUGAAUCAAAUCUAAACAAUUUUACCGAUACUACUAAUAGUACUGGUAAUAAGAAUGAAAGUUUGAAUGCUACCAUAGAAAUGAUUCAAAAUGUUACGGAAAAAAGUUUUCAAAAAGAGAUUAAGAAAAAAAUUGUCAAAGAAGAAAUCAUAACAAAUGUUGAACAAUUCGAUGGCGAUUUUCAAUUAUCAACCGAAACGAUUUCUGCAUCGCAAAAAAAAUUGGAUACAUUGAACGAAAAAGAAAAAGAUAAACUAAAACGUGAUCAGAUGAAAAAUGCAUUAGAAUCGUUUAUACAUGAAACAAGAGAUAAGUUAAAUCAAGAUGAUUAUAGUCAAUCGGUUACCAAUGAUGAACGCGAAAGUAUUGAAAAGGAAUUAAGUGCCGUAUCGGAAUGGUUAGAUUAUGAAUCGGAUUCAGAACAGGCAUUAGCGUUUGAAGAAAAAUUAACCAAACUAACCGGACAGACAAAAGAUCUAUUUGAACGUGUACGUGAACAUCGUGAUCGACCAGAAGCGUUAUCAUCAUUGAAAAAUAUGUUAGACAUAGCCGAUAUGUUUCAUACGAAUGCUAUGAAUGUAUCGAAAGAUGAACAAAUUUUUACCGGUGUUGAAUUGUCUACAUUGCGAAAAUUGAUUGAUGAUACGAAAACCUGGAUGGAUGAACAGGUACGUGAACAGGAUUUGUUACCACGUACAGCGAAUCCAUCGUUGACAAUUCGAAUCAUUGUGGAAAAAACAAUGAUAGUUGAUCGCGAAGUAAAAUACUUGCUUAACAAAGCUCGAAUUACACCACCAAAGAAAAAACCAACAACAACAGCAACAACCGAUUCCAAUGAAGAAACGGAAAAAAAUAACACUGAAUCGAAUAAUGAAAAGAACGAUACGAUCAUUAACGAUGAAAAAAUCCUGAAAGAUUCUAUGGAUGAAAAAACAAAAGCAAAUAGUGAUGAAAAAAUUUCCGAAGAAUCAAAUACAAUUGUUGAUAAUGAUGAACAGAUUAAACCGGAUAGGACAGACACUGAUUCUGGUCAUUCUAGUAAAACUGAAUUGUAAUAUAUGCACACACACAAAAAAAAAUUAUAUUGAUUGCUUAUACAUUCUUAAAAAUAAUAAAAUUUUAUAAUUUAUCAAAUUA